CUUCCUCCCCAGUCCCUCCCCUCCCCUCCCUCUUCCCUCCUCUGGCUCCAGUCUUUGAGGCCGGGCGGGUGGAGGAGGCGAUGGAGUAAGCCGGCGGCAGCGGCCAGGCGCCGAGGCUGAGCCGGAGCAGCCAGGAGGCGUUUGGGGGGGCGGGGGAGACGAGCCCCCGUACCGCCCCUCCCGGGAGAAGAGAGGAAGAGGUAACUAUAACUACCCAAUAUUGCAGCCAUGGAGUCCAUGCUUAAUAAGUUGAAGAGUACUGUUACAAAAGUAACAGCUGACGUCACUAGUGCUGUAAUGGGAAAUCCUGUCACUAGAGAAUUCGAUGUUGGUCGACACAUUGCCAGUGGUGGCAAUGGGCUAGCUUGGAAGAUUUUUAAUGGCACAAAAAAGUCAACAAAACAGGAAGUGGCUGUUUUUGUCUUUGAUAAAAAGCUUAUUGACAAAUAUCAAAAAUUUGAAAAGGAUCAAAUCAUCGAUUCUCUGAAACGAGGAGUCCAACAGUUAACUCGACUGAGACACCCUCGACUUCUUACCGUCCAGCAUCCUUUAGAAGAAUCCAGGGAUUGCUUGGCAUUUUGUACGGAACCAGUUUUUGCCAGUUUAGCCAAUGUUUUAGGUAACUGGGAAAAUCUGCCUUCCCCUGUAUCUCCAGACAUUAAGGAUUAUAAACUUUAUGAUGUAGAAACUAAAUAUGGUUUGCUUCAGGUUUCUGAAGGAUUGUCAUUUUUGCAUAGCAGUGUGAAAAUGGUUCAUGGAAAUAUUACACCUGAAAAUAUAAUUUUGAAUAAAAGUGGAGCCUGGAAAAUAAUGGGCUUUGAUUUUUGUGUAUCAUCGACCAAUCCUUCUGAACAAGAGCCUAAGUUUCCUUGUAAAGAAUGGGAUCCAAAUUUACCAUCAUUGUGUCUUCCAAAUCCUGAAUAUUUGGCUCCUGAAUACAUACUUUCUGUGAGCUGUGAAACAGCCAGUGAUAUGUACUCUCUAGGAACAGUCAUGUAUGCUGUAUUUAAUAAAGGGAAACCUAUAUUUGAAGUUAACAAGCAAGAUAUUUACAAGAGUUUCAGUAGGCAGUUGGAUCAGCUGAGUCGUUUAGGAUCUAGUUCACUUACAAAUAUACCUGAGGAAGUCCGUGAACAUGUAAAACUACUGUUAAAUGUAACUCCCACUGUAAGACCAGAUGCGGAUCAAAUGACAAAGAUUCCUUUCUUUGAUGAUGUUGGUGCAGUAACACUGCAGUAUUUUGAUACCUUAUUCCAAAGAGAUAAUCUUCAGAAAUCACAGUUUUUCAAAGGAUUGCCAAAGGUCCUACCAAAACUACCUAAGCGUGUCAUUGUGCAGAGAAUUUUGCCUUGUCUGACUUCAGAGUUUGUAAACCCUGACAUGGUACCUUUUGUUUUGCCCAAUGUUCUACUGAUUGCUGAAGAAUGCACCAAAGAAGAAUAUGUCAAAUUAAUUCUACCUGAACUUGGCCCUGUCUUUAAACAGCAGGAGCCAAUCCAGGCUAGCAACAUGAUUUUGUUAAUUUUCCUACAAAAAAUGGAUUUGCUACUAACCAAAACUCCUCCUGAUGACAUAAAGAACAGUGUCCUACCAAUGGUCUACAGAGCACUAGAGGCUCCUUCCAUUCAGAUUCAGGAACUCUGUCUAAACAUCAUUCCAACCUUUGCAAAUCUUAUAGACUACCCUUCCAUGAAAAAUGCUUUGAUACCAAGAAUUAAAAAUGCAUGUCUACAAACGUCUUCCCUUGCUGUUCGUGUAAACUCACUAGUGUGCUUAGGAAAGAUUUUGGAAUACUUGGAUAAGUGGUUUGUACUUGAUGAUAUCCUGCCCUUCUUACAACAAAUUCCAUCCAAGGAACCUGCAGUCCUCAUGGGAAUUUUAGGUAUUUACAAAUGUACUUUUACUCAUAAGAAGUUGGGAAUCACCAAAGAGCAGCUGGCUGGAAAAGUGUUGCCUCAUCUCAUUCCCCUAAGUAUUGAAAACAAUCUUAAUCUCAAUCAGUUCAAUUCUUUCAUUUCCGUCAUAAAAGAAAUGCUUAGUAGAUUGGAGACUGAACAUAAGACUAAACUGGAGCAACUUCAUAUAAUGCAAGAACAGCAGAAGUCUUUGGAUAUAGGAAAUCAAAUGAAUGCUUCUGAGGAGACAAAAGUUACAAAUGUUGGGUCGCAGCAGAUUGACAAAGUCUUUAACAACAUUGGAGCAGACCUUUUCACUGGUGGUGAAUCAGAAAAUAAAGACGAUGGGUUACAGAAUAAACAUAAAAGAGCAUCACUUACACUUGAAGAAAAACAAAAAUUAGCAAAAGAACAGGAGCAGGCACAGAAGUUGAAAAGCCAACAGCCUCUUAAACCCCAAGUGCACACACCUGUUGCACCAGUCAAACAGACUAAGGACUUGACGGACACGUUGAUGGAUAAUAUGUCGUCUUUGACCAGCCUUUCUGUUAGUACCCCUAAGGUUUCUGCUUUAAGUACCUUCACUUCUGUUCCAUCCAUGGACCUUGACAUGAUGUUUUCUACACCAGUUGAUAAUACAAAGAGAAAUAUGACAAACGGCCUAAAUGCUAACAUGGGCUUUCAGACUUCAGGAUUCAACAUGCCAGUUAAUACAAACCAAAACUUCUUCAGUAGUCCAGGCACAUCUGGAGUGACCAAGAUGACACUGGGAACACCUUCCACUUUGCCAAACUUCAGUGCUGUGAGCGUUCCUCCUGCUGGUGCGAAGCAGACUCAGCAAAGACCCACAGAUAUGUCUGCUCUUAAUAAUCUCUUUGGCCCUCAGAAACCCAAAGUUAGCAUGAACCAGUUAUCACAACAGAAACCAAAUCAGUGGCUUAAUCAGUUUGUACCUCCUCAGGGGUCUCCAGGUAUGGGCAGUUCAGUAAUGGGAACACAGAUGAACAUGAUAGGACAAUCUGCCUUUGGUAUGCAGGCUAAUCCGUUCUUUAACCCACAGAACUUUGCACAGCCACCAACUACUAUGGCCAAUAGCAGUUCAGCUAGCAAUGAUUUAAAAGAUCUUUUUGGGUGAGGUGUCUUGCUCCUAUUUUUGAAGGAUUACUUCAGUUUUAAUCAUGGGUGAGCUGAUUUACAUCUUUAUAUAGUUGGCUUGGAGGAACUACUUCUAUGGGAGACUGAAUGGUUCUUUGACAGAAAACACCUGUUUCCAUGCCAGCAUAGUAGUUGUACAGACUCCUAACAGUUGAGUUUUUUAAAGCAUUGAGGAUUUUUUUCCUCUUCCAAACUCCUCUUCAGGUUUUUAAAAGACCCAACCUUUACCAAUCUCAAAGAGAAACAAGACACCUGAGUAUCUUGAAUAGCAGAAUUUUUUAAUCAAAUGUUUAUUUUGGCUUGUAUAUCUUGGUGUUAUUUAAAAAAUUGAGUUGAUGGUAAUUGCAAGUUUCAUCUGUUAAAUACUACAUGGUACAAAAUCUGCCUUCUCAAGUCAUUAGUCUUCAUUUUGAUAUGUGAAAAAUCUUGAUGCUGUAUUGAUUUGUUUGCAUUUAGUAUGACGGAGAAAAUGAUAAUGAAAAGGAUCAGAUCACUUGCUUUUUUCAAUCUUACUCGCUUCUCAGAUGAACUAAUAUUUAGUACAAAAGACUGAGCAAAUACUGCAAAAUUUAACUUAAUGUUGAUUUCAUUGGUUGAAGUAAAGGCAUUAUUAACCAUCUUAAAUGCAAACUAAUCAUUAUAAAUUAUGUUGUAGCAUGGUCUGCCUCAAAUAGUAAUGUAUUUUUCUGCAUUUACUUGGAUAUGUUUAGAAUCAUUUUUUUCCUACUGUAUCACAGACCGAAGAGGUAUGUACUGAUUUGUAUGGGUAUUCAACAAAGCCCUCUGAUGUGAUUUCCCUGACUACUGCCUUCAUAUUUCGUUUUGAAUUAAAACUUCUGAGGGUACAGUAUAUAUGAAUUGCAUUUUCAAAAGGAAAUUUGUAAGAAUCAAACUAUAUUUAAUGAGUAAUCUUUUGAGAUUCCUGUUGUAUUGUUUUAAAUGUAAUAAACUUUACUUCUCUAAAAAUGAGCAGUUGUAUCUUCUGGCUACCAACAGAUUAAUUUUCUGCUUACCAUGAUAAAGUCUGACCUCAUCGAUUACUGCGACUGAAAUUUAAUUCUUGGAAUUUCAGGAACCUUUUGUUCGAACAUUUUCAUUUUCAUAAUUAGCCAUCUUUAGGACGGAAAAAAUAAAUUAUUUUAACAAGAAACGUGCUUUAUUUUUCAAAGCCUUUCUCAUAUUUUUCUUUGAUUUGCUGAUUAUUCAACCAUGGAGCCUUAUGCUAUAAAUGUCAUUUGUAUUUUGUUAAAUUAUAUUCUAUCAUUAUGUAAUAAUUUUUAAAUGAUCUCUCAGAGAAUUAUAUAUGUAUUAUAGUUGCUGCCAUAGAGUUUGUGGUUUUUAAUUAUCUGAAACCAGCAAUCAUUUAAAGUAAAUCUUAUGAAGUUUAGUGUGUUGAUACUAAGUUUAUUCAUUGAAAUAGAUAUGUAUACAUACACUAAAUAUAUACAUUGAAUAUACAGUACUUGAUUAUAAAAUGUAAUUUGAUAAUGCUGGCAGCAUUCAGUAAGAGGGUACUUUAGAAAAUAAAAAGUCGGCUUUACAUCUGGUUUCUAUAUGAUCUGUACUUUGUUACAAGGUUUUAGAAAAGGACUUAUAGGAAUGCUGAAGAAAUUUAUCUGAGAAAUGAAAAGCACUAGGAAGAGCAAAUAUUUUUGUCAAAUACAUUCACACCUUGACCAGAUUAUCUGUCUUGUUUGUAACACAAUAUUAAUAUUUCUCUUGAGAAAAGUUUACUUAUGGAAUAAAACUGGUUAAUGUUGAAGAAUUUUUCUUUGUAACAAUUCAGUAGUCCCUCUUUAUUAGGAAAUUGUUUUUUGUUUUGUAAAAUAACUUGAUGUCAGUGUUGAACUCCUAAUUAGAAGGAAAGCUUAAUAACAACAUACGAUUCGAACUACCAAAUAUAAAAGUAGAUUAUUUGAAAAAAUAUAAUAUAUAAUGCUUAGGUAAUUUUCACAUCUUGAAAUUUGCUCAUUCAUUGAGAUAAUGGUGCUACAUUUUUGGAAAUUUUUCCUACGCUUUUUUUCUACUUUCUUGAAGAUAUUUUAUUUAAAUCAUUUCCAUCAAUUGGACUGUUACCAUUGCCUUUUUCUGUUGAGAAAUUUCCUCUGAAAAAUAGUUCUAUUUUUAGCCUUGUACUUCUCCUUGAACAAAACUUUCAAAGUACUAGAUCACCUUAAAAUUAUUUCAGAUAUUAACAUCAUUUAAGUCUCUUGUGCUUAGAGUAGAAAAUUGGUAGCACCUGUAGACAAAAAUUUCAGAAAGAUUCCCUUUUAUUUCAAUUGGUUCUUUAUUCUCCUAAUGCUAAAGUGUGUGAUAUAUGUGGAGGAUGUAUAAAAGGAAAUGAAAAUAGACCAUGUACUUGACUGGGUUUUGUUUGUUUUUGUUUUUAUUUUGGAAUGCUUAUAAUCCUUCUUUUCACCUGAAUAAGUUAAGAAAGUAGGUUUUUGUUAAUAUUUUUUUUAAGCUGUAAAAUACCUCACAAUUGCUUUUACAUAUUAAAGGAAAGAGUAUAUGUGGAAGUACCUGAUAGCAAGCACAGAGUAUGCACCAAAUAAAUUUUAGCUUUGAUAAAACUUUCCAUA